AUGGCUGCUGUCAACAUCACAUCCCGCAGCGCCUACCGGCGGACCGACGACUACACGCCGGGCAAACCGCGGGUGCAGCUGGUGACAGAACCACUCCCGCUUGCUCUGGCGGCCACGUCGGUCUUGAUCAAGGUGCACGCCGUGUCACUCAACUACCGCGAUGCCAACAUCGCCAAUGGGGGCAACCCGUGGCCGGUGACGGCGCACGGGAUCCCGUGCAACGACGCGGCGGGGGAGAUCAUCGCAGUCGGUGAAGGCGUGAGGACCCUCCAGGUCGGAGAUCGCGUGGCGCCCAUCAUCGACACUGAGAACCUCACUGGGCGUGAAGCGACGCGAUCGUGGCUAGCCGCCGACGAGGACGGCGUGCUCGCGGACUACCUGGUAUUUGGUGAGGAGAAGCUCACCAAGCUGCCGCAGCACCUGGACUGGGCCGAGGCCUGUCUCAUCCCAUGCGCUGGGGUGACGGCAUGGACGGCGUUGAAGAAUGUUGGGGUAGGGAAAAGUGUGUUGAUCCAAGGCACCGGCGGCGUCGCCAUGAUGGCCCUGAAGCUCGCGCGUGCGGCCGGCCUCAAGGUGAUUAUCAGCUCAUCGAGCGACACCAAGCUGGCACGGAUCCAGGAGCAGUUCUCCGAGAAGCAGCGGCAUCAGCCGCCGGCGAUUUCCACCGUUAAUUACGCCCGCAAUCCUCAGUGGCACGAGGAGGUGCUGCAGCUCACCGACGGCGAGGGGGUGGAUCUGGUCGUGGAGAUCGGCGGCACGCAGACCUUGGUCAAGAGCAUGAAGUGUACGCGGCGUGGCGGGAUCAUCAGUCAAGUUGGAUAUCUCAGCAAGCAGAGCCUGGACGACCUGGCCGAGUUCCUCCCGCUGCUCAUCGAUCGAAGAAUCAUCCUGAGGGGAAUCAACGGUGGAUCGAAACUCGAGCAGGAGGAUCUCUGUGCCGCGUUGUCGGCUACGCAACUGAGAUUCAACGACAUCAUCGACAAGGUCUACCCCUUCGCGCAGGCCGACGAGGCCAUCGAGGAUAUCUGGCAGGGACGACAGGUGGGGAAGCUCGUGAUUCGGAUUCCGUGA